UGUUGCACCAAUCAGCUGCGAGGUUACUGGGACGCCCUGCAACAAACAAUACACAGGCAGCAGGACCUGAGGACAGAUCGCUGCAAAUACAGAGCCGCAUAUUUAGCUUUUAUUAAAUAACUAAAUACUUAAAGACACUUUGUAGUGUUUGUAAAAUGAGCGACGUCUCGGCAGGUGUUGUCAAACCUCGCUGAGACGAUGUGAUAGCACCGCGUAGCAACAGCAUAACGACAGCCCGUUAGCAACCGAUAGCAAGCUGUAUCAGAUGCUAGCUGAGUUAGUUAGCUUAGCUUAGCUACAUUAAACAACAACAAUCCACCAAACUGGACAAAACUUUGGAUUUAGUCGGGUUUAACUCGGGCUCGGCGGGUUCGCUGACACCCCAGAAGAAGAUGAAGAAGAGGAAGGAGCUGAAUGCCCUGAUUGGACUCGGGGACAGCAAGAGGAAGAAGACCAAGAAGGGCUCCGGACAUCGACUCCUCCGAACCGAGCCGCCGGACUCCGAGUCCGACUCCAGCUCGGACGACGACGAGUUCAGCAACCUGAACAGCGGAGCCAACUUUGGGAAAAGAAGCUACACGCAGUGCUGCAAUGUGUGCUACCCCUUGUUUCUGUUCAUCAUUCUCGCUGCCUGCGUUAUGGCCUGUGCUGGACUCAUAUGGAUGCAGAUUGCUCUGAAAGAAGAUCUAGACUCACUGAAAGAAAAGCUGCAUAGCAUGGAAACCAGCCAAAAGGUGUCCUCAACUGAAAUACCAAAACUAAGCGAGGACCUGAAAAACAAGGAGAGAAAGCUUGACGACAUUGUUAACGGGGACAAGGGGCUGAGCAAGCUCUGGUCUAACCUAACGGAAAUGAACAGGAAGAUCAGUUUGCUGGACUCUGCCGUAAACCAUCUAAAGGCCAACUUGAAAUCGGCUGCCGACUUAAUCAGCCUUCCCACUACAGUCGAAGAGCUUCAAAAGAGUGUUGCUACAAUUGGCAGCACGCUAACAAGUGUUCAGCACGAUGUGAAGACUAUGCAGGCUGCUCUUGAAAAUCAGAAGAAAGAUGAAGAGCUGAAGAAGACAAUGGACAUAACAGACCUGAGAAAAGCAGUGGGUGAGGCGAACAAGACAGAGGAGCUGCGUCAUACACAGACUGAUGAGCAGAUCCACAUCCUCCUCUCUACAGUCGCAGAACUUCAGCAGAGAGUGUUGUCAUUAGAGAACGGGUCAAAGCGAAGCUCAAAAGACAAUAACGCAGCAGCAAUCACCAGUGAAAGUCCAGCAACCGAGACGGUGAAAAAAACUACGUCAACCGAAGCGACACCUGAGGAUGUGCAAGAGGUAUCCACACCGCUGACAGAGCCGGAGACAAGCAGACGCCCACGCUUCUUAACUCCAAACCGCUCUAAGAGAAAUGCUGAGACAAAAUGCCCAGAGAGGCUGUUUCUGCUUGAUGUCACUUCUCUGAAAGACUUGGAAGACAUCUUCCAGAAAGCAGGCAUUGGACGCGAUUCACCCGGAUUGCCCCACCACGUGCUGAGGAAAGAAUUUAGAGCAGCAACUCCCAAUGCUCGUACCAUGGAGUGUUUUGACAAGGACGGGAACAAGAGGUACUCCCUGACAGAGCUGAGAGCUGCUGUAGGUUUGUGAGCACAUUAUCACUGACGGCAGUGCACAGUAUUGAAUACCCAGCGGGGUCUGGGAGUUUGAAGUUCCUGACCCUUUUCUCGUAAUUGCUGCACUUUUUGUGAACUGAAUAUUUAUCAUACUGAUUGUGGAACAGUGGCGCUGGCAUGACAACACAACCUCAUCCACAAAACGUAAGCUUAAAUUUUAAAAAUGAAUCCAUACGAGUACCUAGUAUGCGGAAUAUUCAGCUCUUAUUUUAGCAAAUCCCAUGGUUUACAUGAAAUGGACCGUGGAAAGUGUUGUGAAUUAUUUUGAAUCCCGUUUUCCCACCCUCAAUUCUCAGACUUGUUUUUUUUUUGUUUUGUUACCAGUCUGUCUCGUCUCGAUGUAACAUUUUUGUGUAUUUAGCCUCUCCGGAGGCUGUAAUUGUCGGUCUACUUCUCCACCCAUCAACCCAAAAACCUGGUACAACUCACCUGAACCUUAUUUAUACAACUUGAGAUAGAAUUUUAGGAAUGUUUACAAACUUCUAGAAACUGUUUUUGUGAGUCUUUUGUUUUUAGACAGAUUCCUAACUUAACUAAAACACACCAUGGAGCAUAAGAGUGAGGGUUUCUGUAUGCUCUUUUCUGAGCUAAACAAAGUUUCAGAUUUCUCAUUUUUCCUCACUUUAGUUGCUACAUUUUGAUUGAUUAGUUUAGUCCGUCUGUGUUUUUUGGGUUUUCUCGCAGCUUUCAGUUCUACAAGUUUUGAAGGGCUAUGAACACUUUGAAUCAUUCAGAAAGAGUUGUCGUGGUAACUCAUGAGGCAUAUGUAGCAAUAACGAAAUGACGUAGAUAUUGCUUGUUUUUAAAUUGCAGUAGACAGAAGGCACACCUAGCUCACAAUGUGUAACAGGUAGUAUAAGAAGCACUGACCAUCACUCUUUACUUGAUUCAUUUUAUUCCAUUUUUACGGGCCUAACGGUGUAUUUACAUAACCAAUUUGUCAUACUCAAACAUUGCUGUACUCUGUAAAAAUGGUUUAAAUGUAUUCUCACAAAUUAUCUUGUGAUGGGGGCCGGGGGUUGGUAAAAUUUGCUUUACGGUCUUAAUCUCUCAACAUUGUACAUUUUUUAAAUAAUUCUGUUGUGCUUUGCAUGUUGCUUAUAAUGUAACAUGAACAAAUUAUUUAUAAACUUAACAUAGUGGACAAGUUUUUGCAGGACAAUGUAACAGCUUUGGCCAUCAUGACAUAGAUAUUUGGGUCCAUGCUGCUGCUGUACAUGGGGAGAUUUUAUGAAUGUGUUUUUUUGUGUGAGCACCAAUGAAUAAACACGAAAUUAAAGGUUUG